AUGACACCCUUUCUUACAGGUCAACCUGAUUCAAAUUUGUGCAUUUCUGUGAACGCACAGACAGGAGAGUGGAAUACUGUUGCCUGUGGCCUGACCGAAUGCUUCGUAUGCGAGACUCCUCAAGCAAUGAGCGAUUGUGCAGAUUGGUACAAAGCGGGUUACAAAGACAAUGGGAUGUACAGAAUAUUGCUAAAUGGACAAUCGUACAAUGUCUAUUGCAAUAUGGACAAUGGAGGUGGUUGGAUAGUUUUUCAGAGUAGAAUCAAUGGAAAUGAACUAUACUGGAACAGAACGUGGAGCGAGUACAAAAAUGGUUUCAAUACGGAACAAAUGAACACGAAUUCAAACUUCUGGCUAGGACUCAACCUACUGCAUCAGCUUACAACAAAAAACAAUGAUGUAACGUUGAGAAUCGAGAUGAGAGGUGAUCGAACACCAGGAUCUACAAAAGCGAAUGCAUACUGGUUCAAUGAGUACACUAAAUUUCAGAUAGGAGACGAAUCUACCAACUACCAGCUAAUCAACAUGUACGUAGAUUGGCAAAACAACAAAGGAAACGCCUCUACUGGAUGGUACGAUAUGACAUACUCAAUUGGAGCAAGUUUUUCGACAGUGGAUAAAAUCAACGAUCCGCAAACAGACUGUGUGACGAAAUACAAAAUGGGAGGAUGGUGGUUACGAAAUUGUGCUUUAUCAUCACUGAAUGGAGACUAUGCCAUUGACAAAUCAAAUGAUGGAUAUGGUAUGUUCUGGAUCGUGAAUGGUCUUGACGACAUUAUUCAUCCUCGGGAAUCUAUCAUGAUGAUAAGGCCCACGUCUUUUGGGUAG